AAGUGCGUCGUAGAGUAGAUAAUAUUGUGCUGUUAAAAACGUUUUAGAAUAUCACAAUUACUUAUCUUAUAUAAGAAUUAUUAAGAAAUUUGUGAUACUGCCAUCCACUCGUGGUCUUUUACAAUUGAACAGGGUUUGAGACUGGUUGACCAAUAGCGGUUGUUGGGAGUUGCUCAAGGGCAUAGAGUUAAUAUCUAGACUUCAAAAAGGAAAGGGAACUAUAAACAGUUGCGGUUGAUUCUUCAUUAGUAUCCUGCACGCAUAGUUGUUCGGAUUUAAGAUGCCUAACAUUAAGUUACAGAGCUCGGAUGGAGAGGUUUUUGAAGUUGAUGUGGAAAUUGCAAAAUGUUCUGUGACUAUCAAAACUAUGCUGGAAGAUCUCGGUAUGGAUGAAGAUGAAGAGGAAGUAGUACCGUUGCCUAAUGUAAACUCUGCUAUUCUGAAGAAAGUUAUCCAAUGGGCUACGUACCACAAGGAUGAUCCUCCUAUACCAGACGAUGAUGAGAACAAGGAGAAGCGUACAGAUGAUAUCAGCAGCUGGGAUGCAGAUUUUCUGAAGGUUGACCAAGGAACACUGUUUGAACUCAUAUUGGCUGCCAAUUAUCUGGAUAUCAAGGGUCUGUUGGAUGUGACAUGCAAAACUGUAGCAAACAUGAUCAAGGGAAAGACUCCAGAGGAGAUACGAAAGACUUUCAACAUCAAGAAUGAUUUCACUGCUAGCGAAGAAGAGCAGGUUCGCAAAGAGAAUGAGUGGUGUGAGGAGAAGUGAACUGUUUCCCCUUUUAAUGGAAACUACUACCUUCAUGGUUUCAAAUUCCAUUUAUAAUCCAGUUUGGGUAUUUGAAAAGAGUUCUUGAAUUUUUUUAUUUCCUAAUGAAAGCUUGUGUGUUGGCUCAAUCCAGACAGUUGCUGAUAAUAAUGCAAAGCAUUGCCCUUAUUUACCCACAUUUAGAUUUUAAGAUUAUUACAAGCACUAAAAUGUAAAUACAUCUGUUAGAUUACAUAUUUUGCACUAUCUAUAUGGUGACUUAUUAUAUCUGCAACAUUCUUUUUGUAAGAUUUGAGGUUUUCGCAGCAGUGAUUAUGAAGAUUUCU